AUGUCUCUCCCCCAAGCAACCAAGGACAUCUCCAGCAACCCCGCUGCGGGCGCCGUCACCGAGCCCAUCGACCGCCAGAAGCUCCAGACCGACGUCGACCGCAAGCUCCGCCUCUACGGUAUCUUCGCUGCCAUCAAGCAGUCGCGUCUCCCCACCAAUGACCAAAUCGACUCCAUUCUUUCCCAUCUCUCCCACGGCAGCCUCUCCAGCUCCGACUCCCUCUCCCCUGACGGGCAGAAGCUCGUCCAGGACUCCCAUGACAUCAUCGAGACUCUCCGCAAACUCGUCGCCGAGAAGAACGCGGACGAGCUCCUCCAGAACUUCUUCUGGCACACGCGCGACGUGAACGUUGACUCCGCGAAGAAGGACCCGAACGAGGUCCUCCCUGUCGAGGGCGACAAGGUCAGGUCUGACGGCCAAACGGCUGUCCAGCACCUCCGCACCCUCCUUUCGCUCGUCUUCACCAACGCGGAAGUGCGGAAGCUGUUCUCGGACUUCGGCGUGAUCGGUCGCGACCUCGUCGCGCGCGGCGCUGAGAAGCUCGCGGAGCAAGCGCGUCCGGACCAGGAAGCGCUUCGCCGCAUCGACGAGCCUGCUCCCGAGCACAAGUUCAUUUCCGAGGGCGGCCGCGAGGUUGGCCCUAACGAGACCCCCGUUCCCGAGGUACAACUCCCUGGUACCGAUGUUCGUGUUGCCCACCACCCUCGCGCCGAGGACCCCGCGUCUGGGACUGCUAUCAAGCACGGCGAUGAGGUCAAGCGCGGUGACGUGGCGUAUGACGAAGCUCAGCGUAAGAAGGACGAGUUCAAGAGUCAGGCACAGACUGAAGCCAACCGUCAGACAGAGGACGUCAGGCAAUGUGCCGCUGUGGAUGAGCCUGUCCAGAACGAGGCUGACGCCCAGACGCGCAAGCAGCGCCUUCAGGGAAAGUGGACAGACGUCAAGGACACGAUCCGCGGCCGCGUUCCCGAUGAGCACAAGGACCGCGCCAACGAGCAGACCGAGCGCGUCAAGAACUUCCUCAGCGACGAGUACUUCCCCGAGGAGCGCCGCGACCAGUUCAUCUUCCGCUUGAAGAAGGUUGUUUACGAGUGCCAGAGCCACCAAGACUACCAGGGCUCGAUGCAGUGGCUUCUUAACUUCCUCGAGGAGUACGCUUCGCACGGGCGCACCAUCGCCGGGCACGGCAAGGACUCGCAUCAGCAGCUCGCUGCCGACCCGAACCUGCAGACGUCGCUCGGUGAGAUCCGCACUCUCCUCGAGCGGUUCGCAAACGGCCGCAGCCUCGACACGAUCGGUGACGCCGCACGCGCGCUGUACGACGACGCGCAGAAGGACGAGGGUCUCCGCCACUGGUUCCGCGAGGUCGACGAGUUCGUGCGCAAGGCUCUCCUCGAGCCGGGCUACAUCCUCGACGACCAGGCGAACGAGCGCGCGAAGGAGCUGCGCGAGAACGGCCGCCAGUUCUACGACGACAAGUACCAGGGCCACUUCGACAACCUCAUCAGCAGCGUCCAGACCUGGUUCGGCGCGAUCGCCGACGACCCGCUCAACAAGCAGAUCGGAAGCAACUUCGCGACCCUCGCGAAGGAUCUGUUCUUCGACGGCGACGGCAACCUCAAGUUCAAGCCCGAGCUCUGGGCCGAUGUCCGCCAGCAGAUCAUCCCCGGCUUCAUCGAGCAGGUUGGGUACGUCCCGAUCCCGCGCAUCGAGUACACGGACGAAGCUGUCGAUCUCGUCAUCGAAAACCUCGCGCUGUCGGGCAAGAACCUCUUCCCGAACCUCAUCGAGAUGGAGGCACGCAACUUCGCCAAGCUCAGCGCUUACAAGAACAUCAAGGAUGAGUUCCACCACGAGUUCACGCUCACGCUCGGCCAAGUGCAGGCGGACAUGCGCGACGUCGCCUUCUACUUCCGCAAGAAGACCGGCACGCCCAAGCUCACCGACUCCGGCCUCGCCGACAUCCUCCUCGGCGGCUCCGGCCUGACCACCACCGUGCACCUCGUCUCCGCCGACAAGGACCGCUCGUCGGUCUUCAAGGUCAAGGACGUCACGACGAACAUCCACACGCUCAAGUUCUCCAUCCGCGACUCGAAGCACGACACGCUCUACAAGAUCUUCGGCCCGCUCGCGACGGGGCUCGUCAAGAAGCAGUUGCAGAACGCGGUCGGGCAGGCCGUGCGCACCGCGCUCGAGUACGUCGACGGCCAGCUCGUCGCCGUGCGCGACCAGAUGGCGCAGGCGAGGGCGAGCGAGGACGUCGGCCGCCGCGACGUGCUCAGGCAGCAGCUUGCCGCGCGCAAGCAGGAGGCGGACGCGGCGAAGGCGAAGAAGGAGGCGCGCGGUGCGCAGUUCAAGGUCGUCACCUCGCCGGGGGACAAGAUCUUGGACGCCGGGCACCCGGAUGGCUGGGUGAACCGCACGCAGGAGCGUGUGCAAGCUGCGAAGACGGGCGAGGAGUGGCGCAGCGAGGCGUACAGCGUCGUAUGA